ACGUUAGAGAAGGGGCACUAUCUCAUAGGUGUACAGCAUACCUGAGUGUUUCUUCAUUUUGUCACGUGACUUGACCUAGCAUUGUGUGACGACCCAGUAAGUCAGAAUUGUGAACUUGUGAUACACGCACUGUACAUUGCUCUGGGAUUUAAUAUCUAACUGCGACGGAAAAAACCAGGACAUCUGCCAUGGCAAAGGAAGAGCCGGAGCGAGGGAAUUGGACAGGAAAACUGGACUUCCUGUUGUCAUGUAUAGGAUAUGCAGUAGGAUUGGGAAAUGUGUGGCGUUUUCCCUAUCUCUGUUACAGGAACGGAGGGGGUGCUUUCCUCGUUCCCUAUGUCAUCAUGUUGUUGGUGGCUGGUCUACCUCUUUUCUUCCUGGAGCUAUGUGUGGGUCAGUUCUCCUCUCAGGGGCCUGUUACUGCCUGGGCACUCAGUCCACUUUUCAUGGGUAUCGGCUGGGCCAUGAUUUUGAUCAGUGCCAUGGUGUGUACGUAUUACAACGUCAUCAUCAUGUACGCCGUCUAUUACAUGUUCGUGUCCUUCGUCAACCUUGACGACGAGUUGCCAUGGCAGAAAUGUGGAAAAGCCUGGAACACGGAUAAGUGUAGGGAUGAACCGUACCCUGACCUUUCAUCUAUGAAUGAGACGAUGAAGGUCAACGCUACACUAGGACUGAAAGACCAGACAUGUCUGUCUAAUAUACUGGGAACUCUAAGUACGCUACUCAACCAAACCUUCACAUCUGUAUCACAACUCAACUCCACAGUCCUAGCAGAUCAUACCGAAGACUGUGAUAUCAAAUUCGCGACAGCUAGUAGCGAAUACUGGAAUCGGUACGUACUGAGGGUUCACGAGUCUGACGGUCUUGAAGACAUCGGAAGUGUGAGUCUGAAAAACGUCCUCUGUCUCCUUAUCUGCUGGCUCUUCAUCUUCUUCUGUCUCAUGAAAGGUGUCAAGUCAUCGGGAAAGGUAGUAUAUUUCACCGCCACCUUCCCUUACGUCGUCCUCCUCAUUCUGCUGAUCCGUGGCGUCACCCUCCCAGGCUACUACAAAGGAAUCGAGUUCUACAUCUUCCCUAAAUGGGAGCUGCUGAAAAACCCAAAGGUAUGGGGGGAUGCUGCCACCCAGAUAUUUUACUCGCUCGGACCAGCCUUUGGGGGUCUUCUCACCAUGGCUAGUUACAAUAAGUUUAACAACAACUGUCUGCGUGACGCUGUGAUUGUAUCGUUCAUCAACUGUGGUACCAGUGUGUUUGCUGGCUUCGCUAUUUUCUCACUACUUGGUUACAUUUCCCAUACCACCAACGUGCCAAUCGAUAAGGUGGCAGAUAGCGGUCCAGGGUUGGCCUUCAUUGCCUACCCAGAAGGCAUUGCCAAACUGCCCAGUCCACCAAUAUUCGCCUUCCUCUUCUUCUUCAUGUUGUUUACUCUCGGACUUGACAGCCAGUUCGCCAUGAUGGAGACAGUCAUCAGCGGCAUCACAGACGUGUUUCCUAGGCAGCUAAGGAGUAGAAAGGCGCUCUUUACAUUCUUCUGCUGUAUGGUGGGGUUCGUAUUGGGUAUACCCCAGACGUGUAAGGGAGGUAUAUACCUGCUCACACUUGUUGAUUGGUACUCUGGUAGCUACAAUCUCAUGAUCGUCAGCUUCGUUGAAAUUGUAGGAAUUAUCUACGUAUACGGAAUCAAUAACUUCCGCCAAGAUAUCGAACUGAUGUUGGGAAAAAAAAGUCCGAUUGUAUGGGCUUAUUUCUACACGAUGUGGUUCGUCGUUACUCCACUAGCCAUUUUUUUCAUCGUGAUCAUGAUGGCUAUCAAUUACUCACCCGCCGUGCUGGGAGACUACACUUUCCCACCCUUUGCUGAGGCCAUCGGCUGGAUGAUGGUAUUGGCGCCCCUUAUGCUAAUCAUAAUUGGUGCAAUAGUCCAGAUUGUGAGGAAGGGAGGGGUUAGUGCCGCCAUCAAAUCAGAACCACAUUGGGGUCCUUCCGCUGACAAGGACCGCAAAGGCCCAAGAUAUGCCCCCAUUCAGAACCUACAAGCCGUCCCUGGAGGAAACGGCCACUUCCCAUCAAAUGUAGGCUACAACAGCGACAAGGGUAACCUCUACAUGGUUGGGCAGGACAACAAAGGCAUGAACCCGGACGCGGAACGGCUUUAAUACUGUAAUGAACGUCUGAUCGCCGGAAGCUGAUGACAGUUACAAGCGACAACUGACUGCUAACAAAACACAGGAAGUUCUCUUGGCCAUCUGUACUAGACCACCAAUAUGGAAUGUACGCCAUGGCCCUAUUAAACUUAGCUUGCAUUCAUAAGGAUGAGUCUGUGCUUGAAGUCAAUAUUCGCAUGACCGCCUUUUUCUAUAUAGAUAUUUAGUCCGACCCGCUGACUUUUCACGCAGUUUUAUGUGUGUCAUGCGACCAUUAGUAGGUAGUGUACGGAUAUAGAAGGAAAGGGCACACAUUCCCCUAAACUCAGACAACAAUUCAAUUUGUUUCAAAACCUGGUAUUUUAAAAGUAUUGUAUGUAUCUACCCCUAGAAUAUAUAAAGUGUCUCCUUAGAAUUCGAGUGGACUUUACAAUGCUCCAGCACACACACACGCACGCCAUAUUGAAGCUGUAUCACAUGUGUCCCCUAUCAUCAACAUGAAAUCCUGUAGUUAAUGGCGCGAAACGGUGAACCGAUCACGAUAUGUUUCUAUCUAUCAGACAGUUUAAGAACAAUUCGAAUGCUUCCUAUUUGACGCCAUUUCUAUCUUUUGAAGAAAGUCGUUUUUUUAUUGGCAAAUACAAAUUUCAAAACGAAAUAUACAAUAUACCAUGUGUAUUGCCACACCAAUGAGUGGAGUGUUUUUUACUCUGUGAAAUCCAGCUACAUAGUAUGGUAAUAUAUAAUGAUAUAAUUCUCAUAUGCUCAAGUACAUUCGGAACUUACAUGUAACAUAGAAAAGCACAUGUUGUACUGGUUAUAUUUGUUUCCUAUCUAACGUCUUCAUGUAACUAUGUUAGAUAUGUUUGCUCUUCAUUGACUGUGUAACUAGUCUAUUGGUUAUUUUUAUAAUUUAAUGCCUCGUGUUCAUUUUACAUAUCAAGUUAUACGUUUUAUUGCAGUAUACCUGACAAAAUUCACUUUAUUUUUUAUUUUAUUUUAAUGCAAAGAAUACAUUUUAUUUUGGGUGAAUUCGUAAGUGUCUGAUGUUACCUAUGAUAAUUGUCUUUUAACGUUAAAAUUUGGAAAAGUCACUGUGUCAGAAUGCAUGAACACGUGUUUCAUUUACGUUAUAGUAGAGUGUGUAACCUCCCUUAUUAAAAUAAAGCUAUUCCAUGUUAAUCAUAUAAUACACAUUUUAAUACGCAAAAAGUCAUUUAUGUUAAUAAGAGAUAAGUAGCCAUAUAAAAUGUCAUACUCCGAAAUGCAACGGUUAUAGCCAUAUACAAUCUGAUAUAAUGGAUAACAAAGGUAAUUAUCUAGACAGAAUACCAUGCUAUGGACAACAAUGAUAAUAAUUCGCCAUAUAGAAUCCUACAUUAUGGAAAACAACUUUAAUGUAAAAUCCUAUACAUACGACAUUUUGUGUGUGUUACAUGAGUUAAUAGUGCAUGAUAGCUAGGUUUUUUUCUGUAAGUGAAAAUUAAUGGUUUGCAGCCAGUCUUCUAUCAUCUAUAUAUAUGCGAAGGGUAAGCUACUUGCAGUAAUGGGAUCGAUAUUUUAACUAGAGAAAAUACAUCAAAGUAACACUGUGGUCUCCGCUAUACAAUUCAACUCACACUGCAGGGAGUUUGUAGAAUAGAAAUUUUGCGUAUUUUUUUUAUAACAGUCAGACCUCGUUUUCUCAAUGGAAAUGGAUCCUAAAAAACAUAGAAACGCACAGGGCAUUACUAAAUAUAGUCUAAUUAAAAGCUAAUUUUACCGAUAUCAUUUAACGAGGUCUGACUGCACUAUGCUUAAUUAGUUUGUAGAAUGUUCUGUGGACAGUAUUGUAGGUAUACCCGUGGACAGUAUUGUAGGUAUACCCGUGGACAGUUUGUAGGUAUACCCGUACCCGUGGACAGUAUUGUAGGUAUACCCGUGGACAGUAUUGUAGGUAUACCCGUGGACAGUUCCUCUUACAUGUUUCCUGUUAGUACUGUAUCAUGUGCACGUAAGAAAAUCUUUGUAUAUUAUAAGCAGAUAUUUUUAUUAAUAAAAUCUGAUAAUCCAU